AUGUCCAAGCUCAGGGACCUGCCUAACGUGACGCUAUUAUUGACGCUUGAUGUUGUCAAGCCAACUGGUAUCAAGGCUGCCGUUGAAGCAGUCUCAAGGAAGACGGGUGGCACUUUGAAUUACUUAAUUAGUAAUGCCGGACAUAAUCAUUUCAUGCCAAUCCUAGACGAGGAUCUAGACACAGUUAGAAACCUCUUUGACAUCAAUUCCAUAGCUCCACUUGCUCUUACGCAAGCUUUUGCCCCUUUACUUAUCAAGUCUAAGGGCAUGGCUGUAUAUAUUACCUCCAUCGCUGGACACUAA